UAGGAAAUGUAAGUUUACCAGAUCUAGAUUCUAGAUCUAGAUCAUGUACAAUGUACAACUAAGCUUUGCUAAGCUAAGGUUCAAGCAUUGAUCAGAGGUUUCAGCACUUACAAUGUCUAGCCAACAAUGAGUACUAGAACACCCAGCUUAACACACCGGCGUUUGUUGAAAAACCAACUAAACCGAUUACAUAUUCCAGCAUAUGACAAUUCUGAAGAAGUAAGAUAUAUACCAGAACAGAACAGAGACAACAAUUUGACUGUAAAUGAAUGUUGUGAACUAUUUCAAGAAUUUGUGUUAGAAAAUUUCAGGAAAGAAAAUUUGCAAUAUGAUGAACUACUAUUGCUCUUCCCUGAAAAGAAAAUUACAUCUUGUACUAAAGCAAGGGUUGAUCUCAGCAAGAUGACUAGAGAAUUGGAGUCAUCAAAAGAGAGAAAGAACUUAAAAGACUAUGCAAGUCAGAUAGAUAUGAGUGUUGACCAAGAAUCAUAUUUUGACAUUCUUCAUGGCGUGUUAAGCUAUCAGAUCAAUAUCAAACAAGUCUUACUGCUGUUUUACUUCUGUUCUGAUGUGGCCACUGUGGCACUCACAAAGAGCACCAAUCUUUGUAAACAGUUUAUUAAUUGGUCACUUACUUUCAUGAUAAAACACAUUUGUCCAUGGGUUCAAUAUCAAGGUGGAUGGGAUAACGUUUUUAAGAAUCCGAGCAUUUCAUUGUACAGAUUUCUUUUGCUGAUGGCAGCUGGUGCUCUAUUUUUGACUGUCUUUAGGUAUUUAAAAUAAUUAUAUUUUACAAUAUAAUAGAGAUUAAUCAAAAACUAUGCAGACUAUAUACGUUUGAUUUUUAAAAAUUUCAUUCAUUGAGGUGAUGCUCAGUUGUUUGAAUAUUUUUUAAUGAAUGUAAGUAAAAGAGAAAUAAUAUUUUAAAUGAUCUGAUCACAUUAAUAUUUUGUUUUAAUGACAUUAGCGUUCCUUUAAAACAUUAUUGACAAAAGUUAAUAUUUAUGUACAAUUAUUUUAUCAAUGGUUGUACUAAAAUAAAGUUAAUUUAUUUUAUUAAGAUAAUCAAAUGACAAUCAAAAGCAUUUUCCCUCAAAACACUUUUUGACACUUGAUGAAUUAGGGAUUAAUGGUUUUUUUUUUACUUUUAAUAACUUUUUAAUUUAGAUUUUUUAGUUUUGCAUUAUUAACCUAUGUUGAUCACAUCCACGAUUUAUUUUAAUAGCAGAAGCAUUUUUUAAACAUCAUUUAUAAAAAGUUUUAAGUAAAUAAUUCAGGCCUACAAUUAAUUUUUUUAUAUUUUUUUAGUUUUGCAUAAUUAAUCUCUGUUGACAGUAAUAAAAAAAAUAAUGUAAUAUAAAAACUUUUCUUUUAAUCAAGACAAAAAAUUAUAUAUCCUUUUAAAAUUAUGUAUUCUACCAUAUCUGUAAUUACAUUUUCUGCUUCAAAUAAAUUCUUUUAACCUACUUUAAUCAAACUAAGUAUGUUAGACAUCAUUUUGUCAAAACGAAUCUAUUGUGACUAUAGUCAACUAGCUUGUUGUGAAUUUAUAAACUAACCAUUCUUUUUUUUUUAUAUUUUGCAACCAAUAUUUGAGCUACUUCUGGUGGCAGCUGUUUUGUUGGUUAAAGAUAUAUUUCUCUUCUAUAGUUGCUAAAUGAUCUCAUAAAUUUUUCUGUAGAUUUUGGAUGAUCUCAUCAAUUAUUUCUGUGGGCUUAGUUGUUGAAUGAUCUCAAUAGUAUUUGUGAUAACAGAUUUUUUUUUAAAUUUGCCUUGUGGCUGUUAGAAAAAAAUGUAUAUAUUGCUUGUAUUUAUAUUGGGCAUUUAUUGCGAGAAUGCAGUUUUUGUACUACUUACAGUUUUUUUAUACCUCAUAAACAUUUAUAUAACACCACUACCCACACAAAUCAUAAAAUCUGAUAUUAUGGCAAAUUGGAUAGGCUAUACGGUUGUGUCUAGCACGUAAAUAACUCAUUUUCUAAUAAAACAUUUUUGUUAUCUAAAAGAUAUUUUAAAAUUAUGACUUUUAUAUUAAUACAUUAUAUGGCACUGCAUGGCCUAGCGGUAGAGAGCUAGACUUCUAACCUGAAUACCUCAAGUUCAAAUCAGUAGAACAUCACUCAGUCCACCAAGAUCUGAUGGGAAAGUAAAGGCGGCUGGGUAUAGUGCUGACCACACUAUCCCUUCAUAAGCCAAAACACAUGAACUCUACUUUGUUUGCCCCAUGUGUCUUGGACACGAAUGAAAAAUAACAUUCAUACAGAAUUGUAUUAACGUGUUGCUGUGCUUAACUAUGUAAUAUGCAUAAUGAUUUGUUUUAUUUUAAGGUUCAUUAA